ACGCCUUAAAAUUCGGGUCAAAAACAUCAAAGGCGCCGACACGAUUUGUGCUUACUGAAUGAUCUCUAUACUGUGCUGUUAUCGUAAGUUAUGCAACGCAAAUAACAGCAAAAUUGUUGGUUGUAGAACUCAUACGUCAUUCUGACAAAAGUUUUGUGUAACAAAAGUUUAUAUGUGCCUUAAAACCUAAACCGAUUAUAUAUGUGUAUAGUGUAUAUAUAUAUAAAAUCCAUAAAAUGAAACAUAUACCUGUGCAAGAUUUAAUUGUUACAUCCUUCUGCACUGUAGGAGCACUAUAUGGUGCAGGGGGACUUCUAACUGAAGUAAUGAAAACAAUAUUACCAUUCGGACUAAUCCUAGUUCUUACAUUAGUAUGUGCUGGCUAUUUUCUUCGAAUACCAACCCCUAACCCUGAAACUGUCGAAUCUGUAUUAGGAAAAGAUCCCUUUCUUGUAACAAAUGAUGAAAAUGCAUAUGUUAUGAAGACUGUUGCACAUCGAGGGGCUGGCUUAGAUUCUCCCGAAAACAGCUUAAUUGCAUUUAAAAUGUGUGCAGAGAAGGGAUGUGAUGCUAUCGAAUUUGAUGUAGUGUUAACCAAAGAUGACGUUCCCGUUGUUUUUCAUGAUUACAAUUUGGAGAGAAUGACUGACCUGAAGAUGAUGAUUUCUGAGCAUACCUGGUCAGAUCUGCUUAAUAUAGACAUAUCAGUGAAACACAUUUUUAAGGACCGUUUCUCUAGAACUAACAUACCCACAUUAGAACAGACAGUAACACAGUUGCUAGAUUGUGGACAGAGGAUGUUUAUUGAUAUUAAAGAUAACAACAGGAAGAUUGUAAAAAUAAUCCACAAUCUCUUUGAACAACAUCCACAUCUUUACUCUAGAGCUGUUGUUUCAUCCUUUUAUCCUACAGUAUUAUACCUUAUUCGAAAAGGCAAUCCUAAAAUCGUUUGUUCAAUGGCGUGGAGGCCCCAUGUGUUUGCUUAUGAGUCCUACAAUUAUCCUUUAGGAAAGGGGCCGCGUAGGAGUAAAGAAUGGUACAAACAUUAUUUUCUUGAACUCUGUGAUGUGAUCCAUGGAUGGGCUUUACCAAGAAUUAUAUACUACUUUAUAGGAUUGUCAGCUAUACUGCUUCAUAAAGAUGUUAUCAAUGGAAAAACAAUUUUGAAUUGGCGGGACAGGGGAGUGAGGGUAAUCGCUUGGACAGUCAAUGCUCCUGCUGAAAAACAGUAUCUUGCACGCGUGCUUAAAAUAACUUACCUUACUGAUACUUUAAUUGGUGAAGGAACUACCCAUUCGCCACCAUCAUAAGUAAACUAUAUUGCAAAUAUGUAUAUCUCAUUUGGGUUGUAGUUUUAGGGAGGCUUUUUUAAUUGUAUAUUUUAGUAUAUGGUGAUUGCAGCUCUA